UAUGAUAUUUUUGUGGCUACAGUUUAAAGGGCACUUCCUGUUGGUGGAGUAAAGCCUACCACAUUAUCAAAAUAUGUAACUGAGGGAUUACAGUAUGACCUCCUAUGAUUUGAUUUCUAUACUGUUGCCUUAAAUAGCAAUGAGUAAAUCUUCCAAAUUAUGUCAUAAGACUUCUUAUCCAAGAAGCAAUAUAUUCUGCAAUCUCAUUGACAAAAUUGUUAAAAGACCAUCCUUGCAGUUUUUGGGUCAGUGGGGAUAUCACUGUUACGAACCUAGGAUUUACAGAACCCUGGCAAAAAUUCUGAGGUAUGUCGACUUGGAUGGGUUUGACAUACUACUCUCAGACUAUAUUGCAUUUGUGGAAAAAUCAGGAUACCGUUUCGAACUGAAUUUUAAUCUUGAAUUUACUGAAAUAUGUGUGAAUACUAUUCUGUACUGGGUUUUUGCGAGGAAGGGUAAUCCUGACUUUGUGGAAUUGCUUCUCAAGAAAACAAAGAACUAUGUUCAAGAUAGAAGUUGUAACCUGGCACUGAUAUGGAGAACUUUCACACCAGUAUACUGUCCAAGCCCACUAAGUGGUAUUACACCUCUACUCUAUGUAGCUCAGACAAGACAAUCUACUAUCUUAAAAAUACUCCUGCAAUAUGGAAUCUUAGAAAGAGAAAAAAACCCUAUCAACAUUGUGAUAACAAUAUUGCUCUACCCUUCAAGAGUGAGAAUAAUGGUUGAUCAUGAAUUAGUAGACAUCCAGGAAGAUGCCAAAACAUGUUUACAGCUAUGUUCCAGAGUGCUUUCUGCCAUUUCAAUUAGGGAAAUAGAGACACAACUAAGUUUAGGAAGACGUCCAAUUAUUUCUAACUGGCUGGACUACAUUCCUUCAACAAGAUACAAAGAUCCAUGUGAACUAUUACAUCUUUGCAGAAUAACCAUCAGGGCUCAACUACUGACCAACAAUAUGCUCCCAAAUGGAAUAUUUUCACUUCUAAUACCAGUUCGUCUGCAGAACUACCUGAAUUUAGAAAGUUAAUACACAUCUCUGUCCUGAAUUCUUUAAGGUACUCACCAUUGUAUGGUUUAGAAGUUAAUAAACUAUUAACUUCAUAUAAA